AUGGCAAAAGAAAAUGGAGAUGCAUCCAUUGUCAAUGGUACGACUGUUGCACUAACGAAAACUCAACGUCACUAUCUGUUGAAAUUGUUGGUAUGUGCUGAAAUGCAUGACGAAUGGUCCUUAUUGGAUGAAAAGGGCGGUUUACAACAAUAUGGAGCGCCAUUCUUGUCAGGACAAAAAGCGCCCGCAAAAGUUGGAGAACAAAAAGAUCUAUACAAAGAACAUGCAUGCGCACCAGUAAUCUUACUUCAUCUCUUUCACGUUCAUCUAAGAAGGUUUCCUGGGCUGGAUCGUGCAAAGAAGGAUUAUUGGCAAAAGAAUAUCGUACCUUUCUUUGAUCGUUUAGCCGAUUCGCAUUUGAGUAAUUCGGCUGAAAGGGCAGAAUUGACAAAUAGAAAAGUACUCAAUGUUACAGCUACCCGUUACUUUUCAACAUUCUUUGCCAGAGGCGUUGGACUUCGUGGAACGGGUGAAGAACGAGGUCCAGGGAAGGGAAUGCCAGGAUCAGAGGCUUGGGGUGCAGGCAAGCAGUGGGGUAGAGGGACCGUAAAGAGAGGGUUGGAGUGUCCUAUAAGACCGACAAAAGAAGAUAAGGAUAGGAUCAAUAAUUUGUUCCCUCAAACGGAUGACAUUGAUGGAGCAUCACUUUGGCAAGCGGGUUCCGCCAAUACACAACGAAUAAAAUAUGAUUGGUCAGCAUGGAAAGAGAGUAUAAUCGAAUCCGAAACCGGCUUGGAUGAAACAAUCUUACAACUUCAAACCAAGUUUAUGAAAAAUCUACCUGAUCAAUAUAGAAAUGCAGCAGAAUGGGUACGUAGACAUGUUGCUUUUGUCGUUUGGACAAUCUUGUGCAAAUAUCCUGGUGGUGAUGAAAUAUUUGGUAUAAUCAAAACUUUGCAUUUUUUGUUUCCUUAUUGGGGUGCGAAACAGUUGCUUAAAAUUGCAAAUGCUCAAAAGAUGAUUAAGGCAAUCAUUGAUUUCAUUCUUGCAAGACCGCUUGGUGCAGUGGAUUCUUUGGGUCAACGAAUCUUCUUUACCAUCAUGUCGGCUGAGAUAAGCAAAAUCAACAAAAAGCUUUUGACUCCAUUGCGCAAGGUCAUUAACGAUGCAGACGCUUGUAAGGCUUUGGAGGAGUACGUUUCCAAAAGAACCACACAGAAAAGAAGUGAGCUACUCCUACGGGCCAAAAAGGAGAAUUGCGAUUUCCUCGUAGUCGUCUUACGAGAAUAUGGGUAUGGCAAGAUGGACGAAAUUACAAGUGCACAAUCCGAUUACGUCCAAUCUGCCCUUUUCACAAAUGUCGAUUGGGCAUACCCAGAUUCAUGCAGAGAAGCAAAAUACCUCGAUCCUCUUAAAGUGGAUGUGCAAAGGCGAGUACAAUCUGCUCCCAAAUCAGCCAUCAAGUUUGCUCAUUUGAAGUUAUACCUAAGAGAACUUCUUCGUAAACGUGAUCGUGAAAAGGUUGAAGCGAUAGGAACUGGUCCUUUACUUCCGAGAUUGUUACGAGAAUCUUUAGAGAUUGUAUUUUACAAACUUUUUUACGAUAUCGCUUUAGCUGCAAAUUUGAGCGCUCGCUUACAGGAUUUUCAAAAUUUUAUCGAUGAUUUGAUCAAAGUCAAAACGCAAAUGAAGGACACUUUGGAAGAUUAUAUCGCCUUGUGUGCCAGACAUGAAGGUUAUUUGUACCUCUUUGUUCAUGAAAUUCGGGAUGCCGUCAAACCCGUUUUUGAUUGGUGUCAAUCCGCUUUGGAUUUCAUGGCCCUUUCGACAACAGAUCCUUGGAACCCAAGCAAUCAGAAGGCCCCAAAGGUGGAAGUGAACUUGGACGAAAUGUUAGAAGAAGCAGGUAAACAAGAUGGUGUCAACAUUGAGAUGGUAUUGGACGAAUUGAAAUCAUUAGAGGAUUAUAUCAAAAUAGACAAAAUUAAAACGGAAGUUGCCAUGCGCAAGGAAUACGCUCUCAUUCAUGAUGAUGCAGUAACAAAUGUGACUUUGUGUCAAUAUUCCAAAGGUGGUCUACUUAAAGGCUUGCAAACCGAUGAUACCCGCGUUCAACCUUCCAGUCAAACAAAGCAGCGACUUGAAAACUUGGACGGUCUAAUGACUGAAUUACUAGAACAAGCUGGCCUAAAGCCGGAUAAAGGUCAAAUCGCAGCAGAAGGUAUUCGUGGCACAGAUACAGCACAAGUACCAUGGGGAUUUUAUACCCCAGAAGAUGUAUUGAUGCAACAAUAUGCAGAAAAGAUUAAAGGUCUUCAAAUCACACGCUCUUACCAAAUAGACGGCAUUCAUAUUCCACCUCCCACCAUUCCAAACAUUCGUUCUUUACUGCCCGCCUUUCGUGCUCAACUUUCGCAAUGCUUACCGGACUGGGCAAAUCAAGCAAAAGAUACCCCUCCUAUCCCUUAG